AUGUCACAAGGCUAUGCCAUCGAGCUUUACUUCGAUCCAGCACUGGAAAAUCAGGUCUUGAAGGCCUGGAACGUCCUUGCACGCCGUCAGAUUAGUACCCAACUCAUCGAAAUUGAAUCACGUCCACACAUCACUCUCUUCUCAACCUCCUCGAUCGAACCCACAAAGCUUGAAUCGGUCAUCAAAGGGUUUGCAUCAAAGCAAGAUCCUUUACCGUUGUCUUUCUCUUCAAUUGGGAGUCUUUCAAACGACAACAAUGUCCUGUUUCUAGGCCCAACACCUUCAAUGUCGUUGCUCCAAUUCCACUCUCAAUUGUGUGAGUUAAUGAAGAAAGAAGGAGUCGAAAUUGGGGAGGAGUAUCGUCCUGAUUCAUGGAUCCCUUACUGUGCUGUAGCUCAAGAAGUUCCCAAGGCUCGUAUGGCUGAAGCUUUUUGUGUGUUGAGGGAGUUGAAAUUGCCUGUUACUGGCUACGCCAUGGAUAUUGGCUUGGUUGAGUUUUCUCCAGUUCGUGAACACUUCUCUUUUGUGCUUGGUAAUACAUUAGAAGCUUGAAUUUUGAUUUUUUUAGCUUUGUUGAAGAAUUGUUGUUUUGUGUUUUGUUCAUUUUUAGAUAUUUAGUUUUUGGCUUUGGUUUUUAAUCCAAUAAUGCCUUUUUCAUGUUGUUGUAAUUACAAUGGUGCUGCUGCUAUUUUUAGCAUAGACUGCAUAGUAACAAAAUUUGCAUUUUUAUGUUUAAUAACAUUCUUUUCUCUUUCUCA